AUGGCCCGUCGUUCAAGUCGUCUUGCUCAGUCCGAUCACGCCCCCACCCCCGAACCUAUGCCUGAAGCAAUUCAACCCAUGCCCGAAGUUUUCCAACCAAUCCCAGAGCCGAUCGCAAUGGCGCCAGUCCCCGCCGUUGCGCCGGAGAUGGAGGAAGAGAUUCCACCGGCGCCUCCAACUGCGGGGAUUGAAGUAAAGACCAAGUUUCCGGUGGCGCGCAUCAAGCGCAUCAUGCAGGCCGAUGAGGAUGUUGGCAAGGUUGCUCAAGUGACGCCAAUUGCUGUGUCCAAGGCUCUUGAGCUCUUCAUGAUCUCUCUCGUCACCAAGGCGGCACAAGAAGCAAAAGAUCGCAACUCAAAGCGCGUCACAGCUUCGCAUCUCAAACAGGCCGUCGCCAAGGAUGAAGUGCUUGACUUUCUGGCCGACAUAAUCGCUAAGGUCCCUGACCAACCCGCUAGCCGGAAACACGAAGACGACGGGAGCGAUCAAAAUGAGGGCCGCCGUAAGCGUGGCGGGCGGCGACCAAAGGAUGAGAGUGAUUGA